UGUCAGUCGGAUCAAGUCAAUCCCCAAUCGUGGUUAUUGUUUUUUAUUCAUUAUUGUACUCAUUACGAAUGUGUAGGCGUACAAUGAACAAUGAUUAACAUAAUCAAAUAACAUCACGAACGAAACUACAGGAAACACUAACUCUCGUCUCUGUCAAGCAAACUGGACUCAGGUUCAUCUGUCGUCUUCCUUGAAGCUUCUUGGAAGGGUUUUGGAAAUGAGCAAAAUGUCAAGGGGAUAUGUAUGGUUUCUGUUGUUGACAUCUCCCUUAAAUAUCGUGGGGAAUAUCCUGGUUUGUGCUAUUGUUCUGAAGAACAUCUCCAUGAGGACAUUCACAAACUAUUUAUUAGUUAACUUGGCAGUGGCAGACUUAGCGUACGGUCUUCUUCAAACACUAGGUAUGCUUGUUCAUCUUUCUGAUAGGGACUUCGACUGGACGGCUUUCUGCAAGAGCGCCAACUACGCAGUCCAUGUCACUUGUGGCGUCUCCAUUGCAACGCUCACCAUUAUUUCAAUUGAAAGAUUUUUUGCUGUAGUGAGACCAUUUUCCCGCAACGCCAAGAAACGACGGAGGGCAUCUUUAAUUUUGAUCAUUCUAUGGAUGGCAAUUCUCAUUUUUAUGUCACCAACAUUAUUUCUUCAAUGGAGCUAUCAAAAAGGCGACUAUGAAUGCAAAACACUGAAGAUUUACUCUCCACAGAGGCGACUUUAUUAUUUCUUUAUUAUUAUCAUAUUUCUGUUUCUUCCGAGUUGCAUCAUAUUCUAUUGCUAUAGCAGAAUAAUCUAUACUCUUUGGUGUGCUCCCAAAGCUUCAAGCGUGGCAAAUGCGGCUCGAGUCAAGGCUCGGCGUAAAUUAGCCCAGAUGUUAGUGGUCGUUUCAAGCAUUUUUGUCGUCUCUUGGUUAACCACUUGUGUAGUUCAGCUAAUGAUUUUAUUUGAUCAAUCAGCCCCACAGCCUCUCGAGACAACCAGUUUAGCCUUGGUGCAUUUGAAUACUUGUGUUAACCCAAUAAUCUACUCGCUUCAUAGUGCUGACUUUAGGCGUCAUUUAAAAACAGUCUGCUGCUGCUGUUGCCAAUCAGAAACCUCUGAGCCUGGAAAUCAAACUAUCGUUCGUUCUAGUCUAUCAGUCAGGCAACGCUUGGCAGGACGAAUAUCUGGUCGAGUAUGCCAGGGGAAGACUAGUACGGCUUGUGAAGAACUGUGUAUUGAAGAAAACCCAUGCAAAUAAUGGCCAUGGGGAAGAAACUUCGGUGGAUAUAUAAAGUACCGCUAUAUCUGGUUAGUCCACUCGGCCUGUUUACCAUCACAUAAGUAAAUAGCGACGCUAUCUUAUCUAAGGAUUAUCAGCACCAGACAUUUCUUACUGUGGUUCUUGCAUGCCAGGAUGAGCAUAAUUAAACCUAUUCUUCCGCUCUCUAUGAUCCCAAAUAUUUUGUUAUGGAUCACAGCUAUAGCUAUAAAAAUUUGCAUCUUU